AGACAGCGUAGGGUUGGGCAGUCAACCAAUGUCCUUGGAAAGCACAACAAAGCACUUGUUCACAGACACAGAACCGUCUCUGCGCGUGGGACGGGACGAAAGAGGGAGCCACCACAGCUAAAGMAGGUCACUAAUAAACAGGUUCAUUUCGUUGCUGAGUUUAUUUCAACCUCUCUGGUCUACAUCUUUACGGAUACAAAGUAAACUCGCAAAACGACGGCGUUUUCGGUACUGCGUUAAGCGCCAACAACCGUCAGUUUUUUUUMUUUUACAUUCAGGUCCCUGCCAUCUUUGAGAGAUGUUUGAGAAGCAGCGUUACGACAGCCCUCCCGUCUACAGUCCUCCAUACAGCCCGGAAUCCAAUGGCUACGGCCCCCCACAAAGCUACCACCCGCCCAGGAGUGAGUUUGACCCAUAUCCACCCCCACCGGGCUCCUACUACAUGGAAGAGAAGCCCCAACACUUCUACAAGUGGAUCUCUCCUCCUGGCAUCGUCAAGGCCAUGUUUGGCACAAUCAUAGUGCUCUGUGUGGGGAUCUUUGCCUGUGUGGCCUCCACCCUUGUCUGGGACAUGCAGUACGGGAUGGGGGGGAUGGGGGGGAUGGGCUCCUACGGCGGAGGGAUGGGCUACGGUGGCGGUUAUGGGGGAAUGGGCGGCGGCUAUGGCUCCAGCUACGGCUCUGGCUAUGGAGGAGGCUAUGGAGGAGGCUAUGGUAGCUCCUACCCGACACCUUACUCGGCCAAAACAACCAUGAUAGCUAUGGCGGCCAUCAACUUCUUUGUAGCGCUGGGAUUCUUCGUGGCCAGUUUCUCUAAAUCGACCACGUUCAGGAGCAGGAAGUUCUUCCUGGUGGUUCUGGUGGUCAGUGCUAUCAUGGCUGUCAUCCAGGGCAUCAUCACCAUUGUGUACGUCGUAGGGGUGAACCCUAUGGCACAGAGCUCUCAGAACAUGAUCUACAACCCUAUGCUGAUGAUGUGCCAGAACCUGUACGGAAGCAGCUAUUCUAAUAUGGGUGGAGUGGGGGGUUUCGGCAUGUAUAACCAGUACCUCUAUCACUACUGCUACGUGGACCCACAAGAGGGUGUAGCCAUGGUGUGUGGCUUCCUGGUUACCGCUGCCUUGGUCGUGGCUGCUUUCUUCUCCCACAAAACCAGAGGCAAGAUCUGGCGCUACGGCAAGCCCAACAUCUACUGGGAACAGCCCCCUGAGACUGGAGGACUAGUUUCUGAAGGCAGAGAUGUGAAGGACUGGGUGAACAAUGUAGAGGACGGACAAAGUACCCAGGGUGCACCUACCGUGGUGCUGUCAGAGAAGUCCGUCCCCCUCAACGCCUCAGCCAAUAGCAUCAUCUCCUACCCGACCAAGGCGGACAGCAGGGUGUACACUGGAGACACCUACAAUGAUGACGUGUAUUCGGAGCAUCUGGCUAGCCGUCCCUCGGACCAGCCCUCCCAGGGGGCCAGUUCCAGCCCCUCUGAGGAGGCAGGGGGGGUCCGGAAGCCCUCUGCCAACAGGGGGAAGAGGCGCCGGCGCAACCCUGAGCUGGAUGAAUCACAGUACGAAACAGAGUACACCACGGGAGGAGAGACUGGCAACGAACUGGACCCAGAGGAGUGGGAGAGCGUCUACCCAGAGAUACCAGACAGCCAGCGGCAGGAGUACAGGGAGUUUGAUGCCGACCUGAGGGAGUACAAACACCUGUGUGCUGAGAUGGAUGACAUCAGUGACCAGAUGAACAAACUCAGCAGGCAGCUGGACACACUGGACGAGACCUCCGCCCAGUACCAGGUUGUGGCAGAGGAAUAUAAUCGACUGAAAGACGUUAAGAGGACACCGGACUACCAGGCUAAGAAGCUGGAGUGUCGCAAGUUGAGACACAAACUGUUCCAUGUCAAACGUGUGGUCAAGGCCUACGACAAGAGCCUUUCUUAAAGCCACGCUCUUCCCUCCAACCCUAUCCACCCCCUCCUAUGUCGUCAUGACAACACCACACUCCUGGACUAAGACUAUGCAGAAACACUAAGAAUAUGUAGAAUGUUGAAAACCAAAGCUCCCUUCUUGGCAUUUACACACACACACACACACACACACACUAAUGACAUGGUUAUGUGAUUCCUUCUGCCUCGAUUCAUUUCAGACCAGUUCUCUACUCUCUGUGGAUUGCUUCACAGACACCAUCGUGCACUGUGGGGUUGAAAGACUAUAUUCAUAAUACUUCACACGUAACACAUAGCCCACUAGCACUGCCAUAUUCCUAACUGUGCCUAGUAAGUAACAUUGUUGUACAUGCUUGCCUUGAAACACUGCAGCCUAUUUGACUGGAUGGGUGUGGUUAUAAAAGGUCACYUCAAUGUCGUUUCACCUGAGGUGGUCUGUGAUAAAGGCAUUGGGCCUUUGCUGGUUCCUGUUUGCAUUGUUUUAUCUCCACAGAUAAGGCAGUAUCACUGAGUGUAGAAAAGGGCGAGUCAUGCGCCUAACCUACUAGAACAAACCCGUGCUGUGUGCUUCAAGCACUCCACAAAAGAAAGCUAAAAUACCCACUGUUUUCUCUUACAAAGGACUGAAUUCUACCUUGUAUUAUGACCGUUGGAGGACCUGCAGUAUGUGAACACUCUCGGAGCUGCGUUCAUAAAUUCGGUCUGGCUAUCAACCCCGAUUUCAGAGCACUCUAGUCUGUGUGCCAGAGCGCAAACAACUGUCAACUGUUGAACAUGGCUGGUGUCAGUAAACGUCGGUAAAAAAAGGCGUAAUUAAAUUGUUGCCAGCAGCACAGUUACAGUCACCAAC